AUGGCAUCCAAACCAUACGAAGUAAAAUGGGGCAUCUUAGCCACCGGCGGCAUCGCAACCACCUUCUGCAAAGACAUUCUUUGCAACCCGGCCACGCGCGACGUCCACGACGUCAAGCACAUCAUCAUCGCCGUGGCCUCCUCCUCCUCCGCCUCCCGCGCUGAAACAUUUCUGAAAGAAAUCAACGCGCCGCCCGGUAUCAAAGCCUACGGUUCCUAUCAUGAGCUCGUCGCCGAUCCCAACAUCGACGUCAUCUACAUCGCCACUCCGCAUUCCCAUCAUUUCCAAAACGCCAUGUUAGCCCUGCACGCAAACAAACACGUCCUGUGCGAAAAAGCUCUCACGGUGAAUUCCUCGCAAGCGCGUAAACUGUUCGAGACAGCUAAAGAGCGCAAUCUAUUUUUUAUGGAAGCGGUCUGGACCCGCUAUUUCCCGCUGAGUAUUCAAAUCCGGGAGUUGGUACGAAAUAAAGAAAUCGGAGAGGUGCAUCGCGUGUUUGCAGAUCUCUCGAUCGCAGAGGCAAAUGAAGAUGGCACUCUUACUUUUCCCCCUGAGAACCGCAUGGUGAAUCCUGAUUUGGCGGGCGGCGCGCUGCUUGAUCUGGGUAUCUAUGCUAUCACAUGGGUUUUCCAAAUUCUGUACCACUGUCAAUCCUGUCCCUCUAUCGAGCGCGAAGUACCCUCUGUUCUCGCCGCCGUGCAGAAAUACGACAAGACAGGCGUGGAUGAACAAACCAGUAUUAUUUUUCAGUUUCCUAAGAAUAAGAGUAUGGGGAUCGCGACUACGGGGAUGAGAGUGGCGACGCAACCCGAUGCGCACGGGGAGGCGAGUAAAGAUGAAGCUCCGACGAUUAAAAUCCAGGGCACCAAGGGAGAAAUCCAAGUUUUUGGUCCUGCGUAUAGACCGUUGCGAUACAAGGUUUUGAAGAAUGCGAAUGAGGCGGGAGAUUUCAAAGCGGUGGAUUGUGAGAUCCCGCAGGAUCCGGAGAGGGGGAAUUGGGGACAUGGGAUGGCGUGGGAGGCGGAUGAGGUGGGUAGGUGUUUGAGGGAUGGGAAGAAGGAGAGUGAGGGAUUGGAUUGGAGGGAGAGUGAGGCUAUCAUGAGGGUCAUGGAUGAGGUUCGAAGACAGGGAGACUUGAAAUAUAGUGAGGAGAUUGAGUCGGAUGUUUUUCAUGAGAAUAGUGCGUUGAAUGGGAAAGCUUGA